AUUUCUGCCGGUGCCGAAGAGAGCGAGAAAGCUGUGAAUGGUUUUUCUCCAGAAACGAAGGAUACUGUCGCUGAAGAUGAUUACCCUGCCGAGAGUUCUACCAAGGAAGACGAAGAAGUUGGCCAUGCGACGAACGGUUUUCCUCCGGAAGCUAAUGAUGCUGCUGCUGAGGUUGAUGCCAAUGACAAAGAAGAGGAAAACGCUCACCCCACGACGGAGGAAUUGUCUCCUGAAACACAUGAUGUUGCCGCUGAAAGUGAUACCCCUAAUGAGGAGAUGAGCAUGGAUUGCUGUGCCAAGUGUGGAGAUGGUGUCCGCCUGUCGGAUGAAUUACGGGCAAAGGGCAAGAACUUCCACAAAGACUGCUUCCGAUGCAUUAAGUGCUCCUGCCAACUGACGUAA